AAACGUACCUUACGAAUCAUCCAAACGAAUUAUAGAUAUAAUUGGCAUUGGACUUAAUUCUCGUUUAAAUAAACAAAAUAUCUAUAGUUUUACAACUCAUCCCGGGGUUGUUUCUACAAAUAUCGUACGACUUGGGUGGCUUACGAGUGGUUUAAAGGAUAUUGGACUUUAUACGGCACGAACUUUAGGAAUGAGAGUUCAAACUAUCACCAGUUGGAAUGGAUCAUAUGUCAAUUAUUACGUUGCAACUCAACCUAUUGAAUCUCUAGUUACUACUAUAAAAUAUGGUGGUUAUUGUAAUCCUCUCGGUAAGGUUUACGUUGAUAAAGAUGUAGUUGAGGGAUAUGAUGAAGCCGAAACCGAAGCUAGUCCAAAAGAAGCUGAAACUGAAACGAACAAUGAGGAAACUACUACUACUAAUAAUAAUGGCACUGCUUCUGUUGACGCUUCUGGAGGAAGCAUUUCUAAUGAUAUAGCAAGUCAAAAACCCGAGUCUAUGGAUGGUGACGCUCCUUCAGAGUGGGAAUCCCGAAUUUCACGAUCUCGCAGAAUGGUUUACUAUUAUAAUCGUAGAACCAAGGAAAGUACUUGGGAUCCUCCUGUAGGCGUUGAUCCCAAUACCAUUAGAGGAUAUGCGAGUCAAAAUAUUCAAGAACUACAGAGUAUUAACCCGUUGGAAGGUGGAGAGGGUCAAAUUAGAGCUAGUCAUUUAUUG